UGCUCGUGCCUGCUCGUGCCAAGGGUCGUUUUUAUAUGUAUUGCAUAUCAUUCUGAAACCAGCCGUAAGGAAGGUUUGUGCAAGAGGACGUUUUAAAUGACUCCAGAAGAUGGCAGUAAUGCAACAACACGGACACCAGCUAGCUAAACGCUCACUGAAGAAGAAGACCCGCUGACGACCCUCUCACAUCGGCCCGCCUGCCUGCAUCAUCCGCCGACCGAGCGAGCCAGGAACCGACCAGCAGAACCGGAGAAAAAAUGGCGUUCACAUUCGCGGCCUUUUGCUACAUGCUCGCGCUGCUGCUCACGGCGGCGCUUAUCUUCUUCGCUAUCUGGCAUAUAAUAGCUUUUGAUGAGCUGAAGACUGAUUACAAGAAUCCUAUAGAUCAGUGUAACACUUUAAAUCCGCUGGUUCUCCCAGAGUAUCUCAUCCAUUUCUUCUUCUGCGUGAUGUUCUUCUGCGCGGCCGAGUGGCUCACCCUCUGUCUCAACCUGCCGCUGCUGGCUUAUCAUGUCUGGAGAUAUAUGAGCAGACCUGUGAUGAGCAGUCCAGGACUCUACGACCCAACGACCAUCAUGAACGCUGACAUCCUGGCGUUCUGUCAAAAAGAAGGAUGGUGCAAACUGGCGUUCUACCUGCUGUCAUUCUUCUACUAUCUCUACGGGAUGAUUUAUGUUCUGGUGAGCUCUUAAAGCGGACGAUGAAGGAGAAGGAUGCAUGUUCAGCAGACGCUCUGAGGAUCUUAGUGCUGGAACUCUGGACCUGCUGCAGACAGACGUUCAGCUACACAAGACGCCAUUUCAAGUGGACGAACUCUCGACCCCCCCCCCCACACACACACACACACACACACAGCAGAGUGUCAUUUUGAAAACAUUUAGCCCGUUUUGAGCAUCUCGGUCGCAGCGUCCCUCUUAGCACUGUAGUUUAAAUGUUAUGGGAAGUGAAGAUAAACCUGACGGACGAGUUCAUCUUUUCUUUUUAAGGGUGAUUUUGAUGUUUGGGAUUUAAAUAAAGUUUUUUUUUCACCCGACAUUCGAGUGUUUACAAAUUUAGGAAGACAGUUUUCAGGUGUGAAUUAUCUGAGCAUUUUAUCUGUGAAUUAGAUGUUGGGCUUUUAGCAGCUCAUUUAUACCUGCAGCGUGAUUCAUCACUACAACCAGAGGACGUGUUGGAGGUGCAGCUGUGCACAGCGGGGGCUGGCGUGCAUUGGUUGUCAUCACUUAGACGUGUUGCACGGGGACAAUCACAUCAGUUUUCAGACUUAUCAUAACGUCAUGUAAUCCCUGAACUCAACGGCAAUGUUUGUUUUAAGUGUUAAUCCCGAGUAGCCAGCGACGUGUAUGUGACCUGUGUUUCUGUAGACUCGCCCCCGCAGCUCCAUUAAAGAAGGUAAACUCAACACAUCAAGGAGCAGCGCUGAUGUGCCAUGUUGUUGACUGUCCCUCAAACUGUUUCUACAUUUCAGCACCAAAUAUUCCAGCUCGUGUUAUUUAUUCAAUGUUUUCUUUAUGUCCAGAUAUCAAACACUCCUCGCAGCAGUGACACGUGUUGCUUCUGUGUGUCACGUCAUAAAUACUAAUGUGUACAUUUAUCAGUGACGGGUCCUUUGUCACGUUUAUGUAUUCGAUCCGGUCACAUCCAGGAAAUGACAACUUGAGUUUGAGUCUAAAUAAAAGAUCCCGCUCUGUUAUUAUGGACUGGAAUGAGUUUAAUGCCACAGAAUUAAAGAACGUUCUGGACCAGUCUGCCUAAAUGUUUCAAAUAAAACAUGACUGUUUGCUCCCCUGAUCUGUGUGACGUUAAUGAAGAUGUAUUCAGAUGUAACUCGUGCAGCCAGAGAAGAACCAGUACAAGAUGUUUCCACGUCUGAAAGCUCGUCCACUUUAAUAACAAACAUUUAAAACGUACUAAGAACACCGCAGCAGGAGUUCCUCAUCAAACCUUUAAUUGGAUUAUAAUGAGGACGAAAAACAAGCAAUAUAUUAGAGUAUUGUGUUAAAGUGCAUCAUCAGAGAAUACCGUCAUCACAGGAAGUAUCUUAUCACCGAGACACGGAGCGCUCUCUGGAACCCUCUCGGCUCUGCUGGAACGCUGAGAACCUUUCCCGAAACUCGUGGAGGAAGUUGUAUUGCUGCGGGAAAAACGUUGUUCACAUAUUACAGCAAACUCAAAUCAGUGACGUUUUAAAUAAAUAAAGAACUACUAGAAACAUUAGCAUGUGACGUGAGCAGACAUUAAUUAUUGUAACAGGACAACUUGGCUUCUUGUUUCAUCUUCACUGAACGUGUCUUUUAAUACGUUUAGUUAAUCUUCAUCAUGUGGAUCAUUUCUAUCAGUCACAAAUGUAAAGGCUGUAAUAAAGUACGGGACUUAUAAGUA